AUGGAUUUGUUGAACUCGGUGCUAAAUUGGGUUGUGCCACCGGCAAGUUUAGUGAUGAUGGCGUUUGCUUGGCCAGCAUUGACCUUCAUCUCUGGUUGUGAGUGGCUUUACAAUACGUUCAACAGUGAACCUAUGGAAGAUAAAGUGGUUAUAAUUACAGGAGCUUCUUCUGGCAUUGGGGAGCAAAUUGCAUAUGAAUAUGCAAAGAGGAGGGCAAAGCUUGUAUUAGUAGCAAGAAGAGAGAACAGACUGCGACUGAUCAGUGAGAAUGCAAGGUAUAUGGGUGCAAAGCAUGUCAUGAUUGUAGCUGCAGAUGUUGUCAAGGAAGAGGAAUGUAGGCGAUUCGUCAAUGAAACCAUAAACUUCUAUGGGCGAGUGGAUCAUCUUGUAAACACCGUAAGUUUAGGACAUACAUUCUACUUCGAGGAAGUUACAGACACCACUGUCUUUCCCCAUUUGUUGGAUAUAAACUUCUGGGGGAAUGUUUAUCCAACAUAUGUUGCUCUUCCUCACCUACGUCAAACCAAUGGAAAGAUCAUUGUUAAUGCAUCAGUUGAGAGCUGGUUACCUCUGCCGAGAAUGAGUUUGUAUGCAGCAGCAAAGGCAGCUCUGGUAAACUUUUAUGAGACACUCAGAUUAGAAGUAGACCAUGAGGUAGGGAUAACAAUUGCAACUCAUGGAUGGAUAGGGAGUGAACUGACAAGAGGCAAGUUCAUGGUAGAGGAGGGUGCCGAAAUGCAAUGGAAAGAAGAAAGGGAGGUACAUGUGACCGGUGGGCCUGUGGACGAUUUUGCAAGAUUGAUUGUAGCUGGGGCUUGUCGAGGAGAUGCGUAUGUUAAGUAUCCGAGCUGGUAUGACAUCUUCCUGCUUUACCGGGUGUUUGCACCGAAGGUUCUCAAUUGGACGUUCCGCCUGAUUCUUCCAACACAUGGCGGAAGGAGGACUUCCCUUGUUGGCACUGGGAGGCCUAUUUCAGAAGGGUAUGGAAGGCCUUUGUUCGAAGGCUCGCCUCCGAGGAAACUUCCCAGCACAUUCGCCCCCCAGAGUCCCCAGCAGCUUAAAAUGGAAUGA